AUGAUUUCGAUGAAUGUAGAACGAAACAAAUUAGCCGUUGUUGGACUUGGGAUUGCUGGUAUUGCGGCUGUGAAGAAUCUGACCGAGGUCGGGUUUGAUUUCGGCUUCUCCGAUUUCCCCUACGCCGCCGGUGACAAUGAGGUUCCACUUCGCCCGGCCGAAGUCCAGGCAUUCCUUGAGUCGUAUGCUCACCAUUUCAAUAUUAAGUCUCGAUUUCAGCUUAAUACCAGAGUGACGGCUGUCCAUCGAGUUGGAAAUAAGUGGCAUUUAAUUCUCAAACGUAAAGAAGGCAAUCAAGAGGAACAAGCAUUCGAUAGACUGGUCGUAUGCACCGGACUCUUUCAGACUCCGAGAGAGCCCCACGUUGAAGGGCUCGAUCAGUUCGAGGGCAAAGUAUUCAACACUCAAACCUAUAAAAAGCCGGACAACGUUGAAGGAAAACGCGUAUUGAUCGUCGGUCUCGGCGCCACGGCAACAGACAUUGCUAGAGGCCUUGUAGGAAUAGCCAAAGAAAUUUAUAUUUCUCAUAGACACGGAUGUCUUGUCCUGCCAUAUGGCAAAGCAAACGACAUAUGUUUCCCAUCUCUUCGUAAACAGCAUGAGAACGCAAAUCCGGAAUGGGGCCUCGGGAACGCUCCAUCAUUGCCUCACAAAUUACCAAUCCUUGGAGACGGAUUUUACGAUCUUCUUCUUUCUGGAAUAGUUACUUUAGUUCCUGGCCUGAAACAAAUUCAUCAAUCUCACGUAGAACUAACAGACGGGAAAAAUCUGGAAGUCGAUGUUAUAAUAUUCGCAAUUGGCUACGAUAGGUCUUAUUCAUUACUCGGCCCAUACGAUCCAUCCCGGAAUAUGCCACAAGCUUGGAAAGACGCUCCUGGAUCCAUGGGCCGGCCUCUCCCAAGGCUUUACCAAGGGAUCUUUUCUCUAGAUUUCCCAGAUUCCCUUGCCUAUUCGGAACACGUAGGUUCCACUCUAUCCGCAACGAUAAACGGAGACACGGCAUCAAUGGCGCUCGCUCAGGUGUGGCUCGGCAAUUCAAAGCUACCGUCUGAUGAAGAGAUGGCGAUCAGUGCCGACAAACAGAAUAAAAUGGCCACAGACUUGGCGAAUAAAGGAGGAGUUUAUGACCCUGCUCUCGUGGACAGCUUGGAAUGGAGCUUAUGGGCAGACAAAGUAGCAGGGUUUGGCAUCCAGGAGCGACUUGGAUAUGGGUGGAAAGCUUGGUGGCUUCGGUUCACCGAUCCCAGCCUUUACAAAACGCUUCUGGAUGGGAAGUUUUUACCACAAGUCUAUCGCCUUUUUGAUGAAGGGAAGCGGCCCCCAUGGAAGGAUGCUCGAGAGUCGCUCGUCAAGGCAAACGAACUCGGGUAG